UGGUCACGCGGUCCGGGGUUGACACUUCCGGGUGGGACCGAAGUGAGGCGGCGGGGCAGGGGUUGGCAUCUCCGGCGGCGACCAUGGCGUAUCACGGGCUCACGGUGCCUCUCAUCGUGAUGAGCGUGUUUUGGGGUUUCGUCGGCUUCCUUGUUCCCUGGUUCAUUCCCAAGGGUCCCAACCGGGGAGUUAUCAUCACCAUGUUGGUGACCUGUUCUGUUUGCUGCUAUCUCUUUUGGCUGAUUGCAAUUCUGGCCCAACUCAACCCUCUUUUUGGACCACAGUUGAAAAAUGAAACCAUCUGGUAUCUGAAGUAUCACUGGCCCUGAGAAGAAGACAUGAAGACAUGCUCCACAGUGCUCUGUCAUGGAGGUCACACAGAGAACUUGCUGUAGAUGCAGAAUCACCUCUGGACCCAGACCGCCGCCUUACUCGCCUGUCCUGGGCGUCAGCCGCCUUAACGUCCAUAUCACCUCCGAGUGUCUUCUUCUCUGACAGCGUUUUGUCCUCCACCUGCUUUCACACUUUGAUGAAUUAUGUGCCUGCUCAGCCUAGACCGUGCCACCUCCACAAGAGGCUCCCCUCCUCCUCUGAGAUGGGAGCUGCUGUUCUCCUGAGAAAUCUGUUACUCUCGCCUUGGAAUCCGCGGGUUUGAGGCUGGGCCUGCCAGCUCGCCGCCUGGAACCCGCCAAGUGCUUGACGCUACUGCAAGACAAACAGACUCAAGUGGGGCCGACAGGAGCAGAGCGAGCUCCGAGGGAAGACCGCCCCAGCGUUUUGACACCACACUGUGUUUUCAGGCUGAAUUGGUUUCUGCCAUCUUUUUGGAAUAAAUUAUUUUUCUGCUUUCUAUGGAAA